AUGACAACUAUUCACGACGAAGCUUUGAAAGGAACUCUCAACAAGAUCAGAAUUGCUCGCUAUCGAGCAUCUCAGGGAUCCUCCUUCGACAUCGAUGAAAUCGAUAUCAGGGGCCGUACCGCUCUGGCGAGCGCUGCUCUAAAAGGCCAUGUCAAUGUAGUAAAAGCUCUGGUCGAAGAACAUGCCGACGUCAACAAGGCGUCGAGAGGUAACCGCACUCCGCUCUGGUAUGCGGCAUCCGGGACGAUGCCUACCAAGUCUCGGUUUGAUAUCAUCACCUACCUUCUGGACCAUGACGCUGAGAUUGAUGAGCCCUCUGACGAUGGAAAUACUCCUCUGAUGAAAGUCAUCGUCGAGUUCAGGGAUCCGAAAGUGAUUAGCUUGUUUGUAGACCGUGGUGCCAAUGUCAAUAUCCCGAAUUCAGCUAAGAAAACUGCGAAACAGCUUGGAGAUCAGACAAAAGAUCCCCAGGUUAUUGAGGCGCUACUGCCUAAAGACGAACGGGGAGGUACCACAGGAGCAUUUGUUCAGUUGAUUGUGUCCUUCCUGCUCUUCGUCGUGGCUUGGAUGAACAGUGAUCUUGUCACGGGCCUCGUGAAGGGGGUCGCUCAGCAGCUGUAUAACAUCACCGGAGAAGAGCGUCCUGAAGUUGUUGACACAGUUCAGGACUUCAAGGAAAACAUCAGCGAGUUCCUCAAAGAGACCCAGAUGAAUGACUUCUUCGCAGAGGACGACGACUUCUUGGACCAGGUAGCGAAAAAGGCCGUGAAGCUCAAGACUGACCCUUCUACAACACUCAAGCGGCCGGAUGAUAUAAAGAAUCUGACCAGAUUGGCUCUCUACCAGCCAGUUAUAUACUGUGACGAUAGCCUCUCGAUGGAGACGGAUGGUCGGCUCGACUCACAAAGACAGCUCGUGAAGCGCAUUGCGCGUAUAACCACACAACUUGUCCCUGAUGGCGAAGGCAUUGAACUUCAAUUCAUCAAUCACACCAAAGAAUUCCACGGUGUCUUGGAUGCUGGUGAGGUCGAGGAUCUCGUUUCCAGCAUUCCUGUCAGCGGAUCAACCAACAUUGGCACCAAUUUGACCAGGAAGAUUUUGCAGCCAUUGGUCUACAACAUCCUGGACCGAGGCGAGAAGCUGAAACGGCCCAUAAUCAUUUCAGUUCUUACAGAUGGCAUUCCUUACCCCGAGAAGACAGAUACUUUCCGGGACGCUAUUAUCGAGUGUGGAAAGCGGCUAAAGCAGGCUGGUUACGAUCCUACCGCGGUGCGGUUCCAUAUUAGCCAAAUUGGCACAGAUUCCGAGUCUCAGAAGUUCUUGGACGGUCUAAGGGACGACCUGAGACUCGAAGAUGUCCUCUACGUUACUGCAGAACAACUGGACAAGCAGUUCGAGAAGUUCAGAGACAACGAGGCAGUCUUAGAACAAUGGCUUCUAAAAUUACUCAUGUCACCUAUUCUCGACGGCGCCGAAGAGUAA